GGAAGCAUACAACAAAUGUCUAGAUUGCAGCAAUCCCCCAAUCAGAAGAGCCCUCUUAUCCAUUCUUCUUAUCCACCACAUACUGCCUCACAAAAACUCGCCUUAGCGGAGCACAAGACACCUCACGGAGCAAGUGACAGAGAAGAAGCAGAGAUGAUGGCAGCUUCUCUUCAGCCCUCCGCUACUCUCCUACAGCCAGCCAAAUUCGGCCGAGGCGUCAGCCGGCAGCAAACGAGGUCCUCCCACCUCUCCCGUGCGUUCGGCUUUGACUCUGCUUCCGGCGGUCGGCUCACGUGCUCUAUGCAGUCCGACCUCCGUGACUUGUCUCAGAAGUGCUCCGACGCUGCCAAGCUCGCCGGAUUCGCCCUGGCCGCCUCCGCCCUCGUCGUUUCUGGGGCAAGCGCUGAGGGGGUGCCGAAGCGGCUAACAUACGACGAGAUCCAGAGCAAGACGUACAUGGAGGUGAAGGGGACGGGGACGGCGAACCAGUGCCCGUCGAUCGAAGGCGGGGUGGAGUCGUUCGCGUUCAAGGCGGGUAAGUACAACAUAAAGAAGCUCUGCCUAGAGCCGACGUCGUUCACGGUGAAGGCGGAGGGAGUGUCGAAGAACGCACCGCCGGAGUUCCAGAAGACGAAGCUGAUGACGCGGCUGACGUACACGCUGGACGAGAUCGAGGGGCCCUUCGAGGUGUCCCCUGACGGCGCCGUCAAGUUCGAGGAGAAGGACGGGAUCGACUACGCGGCGGUGACGGUGCAGCUGCCGGGUGGCGAGCGCGUGCCGUUCCUCUUCACCGUCAAGCAGCUGGUGGCGACGGGAAAACCGGAGAGCUUCAGCGGGAAGUUCCUGGUGCCCUCCUACCGGGGAUCGUCGUUCCUGGACCCCAAGGGCAGGGGAGGAUCCACCGGGUACGACAAUGCCGUUGCGCUGCCUGCCGGCGGAAGGGGAGACGAGGAGGAACUGAGCAAGGAGAACAUCAAGAACGUGUCGUCUUCCACAGGGACCAUCACGCUGAGCGUGACGAAGAGCAAGCCGGAGACCGGGGAGGUGAUCGGCGUUUUCGAGAGCCUGCAGCCGUCAGACACAGACCUGGGCGCCAAAACGCCAAAGGACGUGAAGAUCCAGGGGAUCUGGUACGGCCAACUCGAGCAAUAAGGCUGCCGCCAUGCCGUUGCAGGGAAAAAGGUAGUUAACGAAAGAGGGAGAGCCUUCUUAAUGUAUGAUUUCUUGCUUCAUGAAUUACAGCUUACUUCUUAUAAUCUGUAUUAUCUUCAUGCGUAGCGUCGUGUGUGUAUACUUUGGCACUUGUUUCUAUCUUUGAUAACAACAAUUUGUGUAAGUGACUUCAA